CUUUGUGUCACAUGUGACAAUGUGUCCAACAAUGAUGCUAUGAUUGAUGAAUUGGCUGUUGACAUGCCAGAUUUUGGAGGACAAGUGAUGCAUACCAGGUGCUUCCUGCACAUGGUUAAUCUCGUGGCAAAACUGGUGAUCUGCAAGUUUGAUGUGUUGAAAAGGAAGCAGGAUAAUUCCAGAGAUGAUGAGGCUGAAUUGACAGCAGAGGAAAGUCAACUGAAGGAGCAGCUUGAGGAACUGAGUAAGAAUAUUGAGCUGAAAGAUUAUGUGACCAUUGCAGAGAUCACAGGAGAUGACAGCAAUGUGGGGGACAACACUGAAGGUCUGGUGGAUGCAACUAUGCUACUGACAAGUGAUGAACAAGAAGAACUAUGA